UGUCCAAAAGAGAUGAUAUAAAGAGAAAAAUGUUAUUUUUUAUUCACCAGUCCAGUAGGUUUUUUCAACUCAAAAUCUUCGGAUCACUAAUUUCAAUCACAAUCAAAAGAAAAAAAAACAUUGACAAAAUUGUCUUCUAGUAUCCAAGUUUCACAAAAGAAUCACAAGAAUUCACAUUCGAAAAUAAAAAAUUCAUCGACAAACGCCAUCUUGCGUUUAAAUUAAAGUUUUGUUUUCAUUGCGUUUUCAUCCAAAUCCAUUUCAUAUGUUUGGUCUGUUUGUUUGUGUGAAUAAUUUUAGCCGGGUAAACUCUGUUCCAUUGAUUGUUGAUGACGAUGAAGUAAAUCAUUAAACCUGGUCAUCUAUUUUAUUGAUAAUUUUUUUUGCGUUUGGAGAAUAUCAAGAAAAAUUUUGUUCCAUAAUCAUCAUCAUCAUUGUAGAAUGGCAUUUCAUUACCAUCAUCGUAUUCAUCAAUAUAUGUGGCCAAUAUUAUUAAAAACCAUUCGAUGUUCUCGAAUAAUUGGCCAUUUGAAUCGUCCAUUUUCAACAAUCACCACCACUAAACUACGAUUAACCAUCAAUCAUUCGAAUUUAUUAUGUCAUCAUCAUCAUCAUCAUCAUUAUCAUCAUCAUCAAAAUGUACAUCGAACCUUAUUCACCAAUUGUAUGCCAUUAUCAUCACAACAGCAGCAGCUAGAUACUACUCAACAACAACAACAACAACAGCAACCUUUGGCCAAUAGAAAAGUUGACCCAUUCAAAUUGGUUCAAAAUGAUCUUGAUAACCUAUAUACGGAAAUUAAAAAUGAAUUAAAGAGUGAAAUGCCAGAAUUAGAACAAAUAUCUACUUAUUAUUUUGAUGGCCAAGGCAAAGCAAUACGACCAUUGAUAGUUAUAUUGAUUGCACGUGCAAUGAAUUUUCAUAUGACUAGUAAUUCGGAUCUGCUCAAUUCACAAAAACGAGUUGCUCUCAUUAUCGAAAUGAUACAUACAGCUAGCUUAAUACAUGAUGAUGUUAUCGAUUCGGCUGAUACCCGCCGUGGUAAACCAUCGGUCAAUGUACUUUGGGGUCAGAAAAAAUCAAUUUUUGCCGGCGAUUUUGUCAUAUCCAAAGGUUCACAAAUGUUGGCUCGUUUGAAUAGCCCAGUGCUUGUAUCAAUAUUGUCCGAGGCAAUCAUUGACCUAGUUUUAGGUGAAUUCAUGCAAAUGGGAUCAAAAAAGGAUGAAAAAGAACGUUUUUCACAUUAUAUACAGAAAACAUUCAAAAAGACUGCCAGUCUUAUUGCAUACACCUGUAGAGCAGUGACCUAUCUGGCUACAACCGAUCAUGGAUUGCAGGAAGCAGCAUUCGAAUAUGGCAAGAAUCUUGGUAUUGCAUUCCAAUUGGUCGAUGAUCUAUUAGAUUUUGUAUCAAGCAAAGAUGAAUUAGGUAAACCGGCAGCAAAUGAUUUGAAACUUGGCCUAGCUACGGCACCGGUUUUAUUUGCAUGUGAAAAAUUUCCUGAACUAAAUGAAAUGAUUAUACGUCGAUUUUCUGAACCAGGUGAUGUUGAAAAAACAUAUGAUGCUGUAAUGAAGAGCGAUGGUCUAAAUCAUACACGAAUGUUAGCACAACAACAUGCCGAUGAAGCUGCACGUCAAAUAUCCAAUUUACGUGAUACACCAGAAAAACAGGCAUUGCUUACGUUAUGCGAUAUGGUACUUAAUCGAAAAAAAUAAUUAUACAAAUAUGUAAACUAAAAUCACCACACAACUAUAGAAAAAAAAAUUUUUAAUUCAC